UGUGGUCCCAGCUCCCCAUGAGGGGAGAGCGAACGUGAUCUGUGGUUUCCUGCUGACUCUAUAAAUCCCCCAGUACUGAGGCACAAGCACUGUCACUUUCCCCAGACGGUGACAAUGCUGAUCCUGAUCCUGCUGCCCGUGGCCUUUCUCCUGCCCCCCGGGGCUGAGGCUGGGGAGAUCAUCGGGGGACAGGAAGCCCAGCCCCACUCCAGACCCUACAUGGCCUAUCUGAAAAUACAACGUGGAAACGAGACGUUUCGCUGUGGAGGGUUCCUGGUGGCGGAGAACUUCGUGCUGACGGCGGCUCACUGCGAGGGAGAUGAGAUCACUGUCACGCUGGGAGCCCACAGGCUUAGUGAACAGGAACGGAGCCAACAGAAAAUACCUGUGAAGCGGCAGAUCCGGCACCCGCGAUACAACAGAGAGACCACUAACAAUGACAUCAUGCUGCUGCAGCUGCAUCACAAGGCGCGUCUGACCAAGAAGGUGGGAUUGAUUGAUUUGACUUCUGCUCAUCGCAGAGUGAGCCCAGGGACCAUGUGCAGCGUGGCUGGCUGGGGAAUGACCAGCUUGACUAAUACAACCAACACCCUUCAGGAAGUGAACCUGUCAGUGAUAAGCGAUAAGACCUGUUACAACCGGUAUCAUUACUAUUACCGCUCCAGCAUGAUGUGUGCAGGGGACCCUGAUGACCAGAAGUCAGUUUAUUAUGGCGAUUCUGGAGGCCCACUUGUGUGCUGUGGAGUGGCCGAGGGCAUCGUCUGCAAGUGCAUGGAGAACAGCAUUGAGCCUCCUGUUGUGUACACACGGAUUUCCCACUUCAUGCCCUGGAUCACUGACACCAUGAGAGGAAUCUAGCAACACAGAGCCCAUGGCCAGCCACAGCCUUCUGCUACGCAACCUGCUUCUGGAAACAAGUGAUCAGACAUCCCCGUUAGUCUGGGCCCAGCUGCUCAUGGUCAACGUAGGCCUUGUGGCCAGAUCAGAGAUGGUGCCCUGUAGUGGGGAAAGGCCCCGUGUCCCAUUCCCCACCCCCCUGAGCCAGCCAGUCCUCCACCCUGGGGCCGGACUGGAGCUGCCAUCCCCUAGAGAGACCACAUACCACGUUCCUUUCUGCUUGUAUCCUGGAUAGUCUCUGUAAAGCACUGAGGAAAAUAUGCAACAUUCCCUGCUCUGUGGGUCACAGAUACAGCUUGUGAUGCACUAAAUGGCUUUUUGCAGCAGCUGCUGUUGGUGUCUGGA